AUGCGGUCUCUCGCUUUGUCAUUGCUCUUUUGCUGGGCCUUAAUUCCCGCUGUCCUCGCUCAGGACAACAAGCCAGGUGCCCCAGUUCAUGCCGGCCAGCCUUCCAACUGUAUCGCCUGGCAUACCGUCGAGAAUGGCGAUGACUGCGAGUCUGUUCCUAAGAAGUACUACAUCACCAAAGAUGAGUUCCUAGCUUGGAACUCAGCAGUCUCAAAAGAUUGUUUGACCAACUUCUGGCUGAAAUACGCCUAUUGUGUCAGAAUUGAUGGUACUUCAGCUAUCUACACGUCUGCUAAAUCGACAAAGACGAGCAAGACUACUGUCACAACGAAGUCGAACAAUCCAAUCUCCUCAACUUCAAAGAUCGCAUCGACGAGAGACAUCUCAUCAACCAUAAGCACAUCAGGCAAGCCAGCAUUGGGAACUACUUCUGAGUCUGUCGUCACUACCUCAGCCAAUACGACGUACUCUAUUCGCAAUCCCCUUUCAACGUGGAACAUCACUACUCCUACCACCGAUGUCAACUGGCCUCCCAAAGCCACUCAGUCUGGGCAGCCCAAGGACUGUAACAAGUGGCAUCUUGUCCGAGGCCGCCAAAGCUGCCAAGAUGUUCUCAAUAUCCACAGUUCCUUCAUGAAAAAGGAAGACUUCUUCAAAUGGAACCCUGAAGUCCAUGAGGACUGCUCGGGCCUCUUUGUUGGCUACUGGUAUUGCGUCGGAGUCAAGUCCAACGCUACAGACAAUCUCGAAUGGGAAACAUCUACGCCACCCUUUACUCCUCCUUCUGAACCAACCGCUUAUACGCCCACGAAACUCACGCCCGCAAACUCUGACUUUACACCAACUCCAUCUCAUGGUCCUGUGCCAACAGACUGCAUCCACUAUCAUCAGGCGGAGGCAAACGAGAGCUGUCGCGAUAUUCUCAAGACGUACAGCUACCUAUCAAAAGACCAAUUCUUUAAGUACAAUCCAGUGUUGAAGAACAACUGUGACGGUCUUUGGAAAGAUAAUUGGUACUGUGUUGGCGUCAAGAGUGAGCUCCUCAUGCCCCCAACUGUUACUACAACCCCCAGUGAUGUUCCCAGUGGCAGUCCCAAGGACUGUAAAGCAUGGUACUACACUACCGGUGGAGAAACAUGUGAUCAGUUGGCCAACAUGUUUGGGACAUUUAGUGCCAGUGAGUUUAUCUCGAUGAACCCAGCGGUCUUUGACGACUGUAGCGAUAUUGAAGAUAAUACCUGGUACUGUGUCGCUGGCCCCGAUACUCCGACGACCAGAACCGCAGACUUGACAGCGCCUACUCGGCCGGCAACAGCUAUGCCAACUCAGUCAGGCGUAGCAUCUGACUGCAAGGAAUACUGGCUGGUUUCUAAGAAAGAUACUUGCAAGUCCAUUCGACGAGCUAACAGUAUCUCACUCGAGAAGCUCUUUGCUUGGAACCCAGCUUUGGGCAGUAAAUGUAGUGGGUUGAAGCCUGAUUCUUAUGUUUGUGUAAACGCGGAAGUCAGCCCAAGUACUGGCAGUGGAGAGGGUGUGUAUGUCAUCGCCUCCCACCACCUCGGUUCAAGAUUACUAUACAUCGAAGGAACUGAGGUCCUUUACAGCACAAACAUUAUUCACAUAUCGAGCAAGCCUCUUCUUACCAACUUAAGCACAUUGAUUCCUUCGCGAAGCCUAUCGAUGAUAACCUCACUUGAGAUUGUGCUAUGGCUUGACACUCGUGAGCAUCAAGGAAAAGCAUUUCCGAACCAACAACAAUUGGAAAAAGAUCUACUCAUCCUAGAUACACACUUUCCUCAUCUCCUGAGCCUUCAUCUUGGGUUACGACUUGACCUCCCUAUCAUAGAAGAUACUGGGGCGAAGAUCAAGAGAAGACCUGCAAAUCUCUCAAAUAUGCUCCGAUCAAUAGACACGUUUGUCAAACGACGAAUCUGCCUACAAAGAUUUCGAGAAUGAGGUUCGAGACAACGAUCGAUAUUAUGUUAGGAAGAGUGGUGUCCAAGUUUGGCGCCCCUUGUCGCCUAAGCCAUUUGUGUUGGACGACGAAGGCGAGUUAAGCAAUGCAACAGCAGAG